AUGCCUAAAUACAUUGAUGUAUUAACAAUUGAAUAGGCUUUAAUAAAAGCUGGGAAUGGACACUCAUUUCAAAGAAGAGCACUCAUUAUCAUGGGGUUGUAGUAUAUGAUUGCUGGGAUGCUCCACAUAGCAAUGACAGAGUUAUUCUUCCAUCAAUAGCAAUAUAAAUGCCUUUCAGAAGAUCUGAAUUAUUAGAAUUGUACUGAAGGAGCAUUUUGUGAAUAAUACAAAACGAAGGAAAAUAAGGUGUCAUUAGUGGAUCACUCAGAUUUAGGUAGUUUGAUCAAAUACUUCUUAAUGGUGUGCGGUGAUAAAAUUCAAAUAUUCAUAUUGGUCACAUCCUAUUAUAUUGGAGGCAGCAUGGGUUCAUUGUACUACGGUGAAUAAAUGGAAAUCAGAUAGGGCAGAUACACUGUAAUGAUUGAAACAUUACUAAUGAUGGGCUUCGUAUGUUGCAUAAGUAUGCUCUCCCCUUCGGCCUAUAUUUUGAGUGUGGCACUAUUCGCGAUUAAUUUCUUUUCAAGAGGAUUUUUUAACUCAUCGAUGAUCUUGUUUUUUGAAAUAUCAAGUGAGAAUCUUUAGAAAUUUGGACCAGCUCUAUUAUUAACAUGUUACGGAAUUGGUGAAGUGAUAUCUCCAAGACUUAUAGAAAUGUUUAAUUUAAAUUGGCAAUAUUCAAUGCUCCUAUUGUUUGGAUUGCCAGCAGUGUUAUUUUCAGUGUUGAUCAAAUUUAUGUAGGAAUCCCCAAGAAUUUUGGUAAUCAGACGUAAAUUUGAGGAGGCAAGAUUAGCAAUCAAUUACAUUGCAAGUGUAAAUGAAAGAAAAAUGCCAGAGAAUUGGGUAUUAGAAGAUGAGGUCAGAAUUUAAGAGUUGAAGGAUAAAAUGAAAAAUAUCCUACUCUAAGAGGAGAUCCAUGAAUAAGCAAAAGGAUACAACUUUUCCUCUAUUUUCAGAUACAAAUCAAUUAGAAUUAGAAUGUUCUGUCUUCUAUAUUUGUAUAGCAUAGUAGUUUUAGGCUAAUUCUAAACAGCCAAAGAAAUAGAGAGAUUUUCAAGAUUAGAAAGACAUCACACCUAUCUCCUAUUAUCAUUAGUAUCUACUACUGGUUAUUUAAUCAGUGGCUACGCUUCUCUAAAUUACUUAAGGAAGGAAGUAAUCAAAGCAAUACUAAUUUUGGGUGCCAUAUUUCAUUUCUUAAUUGCUGCUCUGCCUUUAUUAAUUUUAAAUAAAACAGCCAGUGAUUUAAUAACCUUCUAUGAUAAAUUGGUAUACACCUUUAUUAUGAUGGUCCUAGUUAUGUGUAGAUUGACUUUAAGUUUCGCCUAUGGAUUUAUCAAUGUCUACGCCUUAGAAAUAUUCCCAACUUCUUUGAGACAUUACGGAUUUUGUGGACUUUCAUUUUUGACUGAAUUCCUCUUCAUUUUCCAAGAUUCAUAUGUGAUCUUUUGCCAUGCCUUUGGAUUGAAUUCAUCAAUAGGGAUGUUUUUUUUAUUACUUUUUGGAUUAUUGACCUUAUAGAAAUUGAGGGAGACUCAAGAUUUACCACUCAAGGAAAAUGUAGAUGAAAUGUAAGAUGAGUUAAUUAAUAACAUAUAUUCUGCUUGA